AUGUUUGAUGAAAAUUAUAAAUUCGUCAUAGUUGAUAUUGGCUCUUAUGGAAAAGAAGGCGAUAGUAGCAUUUUUCUUAAAUCUCUUAUUGGUCAACAAAUUUUAAAUGGGUCAUUUAGAUUCCCUGAAGAAAGUUUACUUCCAGGUUCUAACAUUUAUGUGCCUCACGUUAUUGUUGAAGAUGGAACAUUUGGCUUACACCCAAAUAUAAUGAACCCAUAUUCUAGAAAAUCUAGUAUGAGAGAUGCCUCUAAAAAAAUAUUUAAUUAUAGAUUAAGUAGAGCAAGGCAUGUGACAGAAAAUGCUUUUGGUUUAUUGAGCUAA